AUGUCGAAAAUCACCAAGGUCAACCAUGCGGCCGGCAUCUUCGCUGAUAUCUCCGUCGAUGGCCCGAUCAUUGGCACCCUGGUCGCCAUUAUCGACCGGGCCAAGAACCUGCCUAAUCGCAAGACCAUGGGCAAACAGAACCCAUACGCCGCAGCACGAUUGGGCAAAGAAGCAAAGAAAACACAAACCGAUUUGAGAGGAGGACAAACCCCGAGAUGGGACUCGGAACUCCGCUUCACAGUGCACGAGUCACCGGAUUACUAUAAGCUCAAGGUCUCUGUAUUCAAUGACGAUAAGAAGACAGACAUGAUUGGCGAGACUUGGGUUGAUCUCCAGAACCUGAUCAUUGCUGGUGGAAGCCAGAACGACCACUGGCACCCGUUGCAAUGUCGUGGAAAAUACGCCGGAGAAAUUCGAAUUGAGAUGACUUACUACGACACCCGGCAGCAAGAUGAAGCUAUAAUUGAACGCAGACAAGAGGCCGCAGACAGAGUGCAGGGCAAAGUCCCAAGCACUCCCAGCACCACGGGCUUGUCUGGUCCCCGACAGUUAAAGGAUGUUAAAAGACGACCAUUACCGAGUGGUCCUGCUGGGGCACCACCACCACCGAGACCAGCUGUACUUGAGCAAACACAGUCAGCUCCUCCUCUUCACCAUCCGGCGCCAUCUCGUCCAGCCAUACCUGAACAUUUGAACUCCGUUUCGAGUGCUCCUGAACCGAUUGUCCAACCAGUCAGGCAUUCAGAGCCGGUUUAUGAUGCGUCAGCCUAUCGAGCGCCUUCCCCUGCGCCUCCUCCAUGGAGUGGGUACGAUGGCGCCGCGGCAUAUGCACCGGAAUGGGAUAACCCGGCUGUCGCCCCUCUCCGCAGACAAAAUAACCAAGAAGUCGCAUACGCCCCUCAGGAAGUAGUCCAACCAGCUUAUGACACACGUCCACUACAACCUCGGAGCCAUUCCGACUUUGAUCAACCUCCUUCUCGAGACUAUCGCGUGGCUCGAGAACAGAUGUACGAACCGGAUCCACGAGAGACUAUGUAUCAUCCCGGACACCAAGACCCGUACAUUCAGCCCGAACAACCCAGGUACCAUUCAGAGCACAUGUCCCAUGGUGCCCCGUCCGUCCACGAUAUUCCAGGGGUGGAAUACUUGGUGGAUCCUGCCCACGACACGAUAGACGACGUGAGGUAUCGUCAACGUGGUUCUCAGCCCCUGCAGCUCACUGCCCGCCCACAUGAUUGGCAUCCGGAGUACGCUGGGAUGCAGCCACGUGUAGAGGAUGAAGAAGAAGUGCCGCCGCCCCCACCCCCAGCGCAUCGAUCCCGGAGAGCGAAUUCUCAAUUGCCCACCCCACAUACUUCACCCAGCCCAUACGCUUCUUAUACGCCUCGAUCUGCACCCAGGUCCCCAGCCGCCCACAUUCCCUCCAACAUGUCCACACCCUCUCGUAGUCGCUAUCAUGAGUCUACUUCCAGCAGGAGUUCGCCUGCUGUUCCCGCUAGCCUGGUCGCUGGCUAUGAGAUGGAAGACUCAUCAGAAAGAGCAGCCUUUGAGAGGUCGGCGCGCAGGCCCAGCAACCCAUGGGACGAUGAGAUGAUGUUUUCCGACGCGCCUGCGCCAGUGCCUGUUGCCGCACCCGCUCACUAUGAUGCGCCUGUUUACCCACUUCGAACAUCCCCACGCCCCGCCAUUGACCAGCGGCCUGUUUCCAGCAGAGGUGUGAGCCCUGAUGCGCGGGCGGUUACUCGCAAAUCAAUCAGCUCGAGACCUUCUUCCUCGGAUGGCCGCGGUGGCUCCUCGAUUCCAUUCUCCCCCGACUCCUACUCCUCCCUUAAUCCUCAUACAUCCAGACCUUCCAGCAGGGAACCUUCACCGAUGUACGACACACCCGCGCAAGCCAGGGAUGCGGUUGUGCGUGGCAAGACUGAACCGAAGCGCGAUGUGGACCAACCGAUCAUCGGAGACGAUGGCCGCGAGAUUGAUCCCUCCGAUCAUUUGCCCACAGAUACGUGGGCACCUGAGCCAGAAAGGAAGAACCGCAAGCCAGAAGUCAUCAUUCGCUUCAAGCACUCGCCUCGACCAACUUCCAGAGGCAAUGAUGCACCUGCUCCUCGUUCAUCUGGCCCGCCUCGUGUCGGAUUUAGUCCCCAUACCACCACCUACCCCGCAGAGCGCCCGAGCAAGUAUACACCCUCUCACCACGCAAGCCCGGGUGCAGUUGUUCGGACUCCGCCUCGGGCGGACUAUUCCCGCGGACGCUCCGACAGCUACCAAAGUCGAGGCUACAGCACACCUACCUCAGCUGAGCGCCCACGUUCAUCGCGAGGCUCCGUCUCGCCGAGUCCCAGCGCCCGGUCCCCAUUGUAUGACUACAACACUGGCCCGCCGAUCCCUAGCAAGGUUCCUAUCUCCGGUGGAAGCCCAAGCUAUCCCGUCAUGUCUGGAAACCCCAACAUGGGCCGCAUGGAUGCACUCAGCAGGGAGCUGAGCACUAUUGAUAUCGGCGCUUCUGGGUGCAGCCCUGGCCGCGGUGCCAUGCGCAAAUACAUCCCUCGGGCACCUGCGUCGAUGGGCUAUGCCAGUUGA